GCCCUCUUCUCUUGGCUUGAUCAACAGACAAUUAUGGAGCCAUUAAAAUCUUUUUUCACAAAACCUUCACCCAAAGAGGAAUUGCGAAAAAGUCAGCGUGAUUUCCGAUCGGUGCAAAGGGAUUUGAAACGGGAUCAACUUCAACUUCAACGACAAGAAAGUCAGUUAGAAGCAGAAAUCAAACGGGCCGCUCGGCAAGGAAAUACCACUCUGGCGAAGUCUCUUGCUAAGCAACUCAUACAAGUUCGUAACCAAAAGACAAAGAAUCAAAAGGUCGAGUCUCAGAUAUCCGGGAUGUCUCAUCGGACUACCGCUAUGCAGAGCAACAUUGCAAUGGGUAAUGCCAUGAGUGGGGCUACCAAGGCAAUGGCUGCGACUAGCAAGGUCAUGGAUCCAGCGCAAAUUCAGAAGACUAUGAUGGAGUUUCAAAAACAGUCCCUUCAUGCUGAUAUGACGGCAGAAAUGAUGGACGAUACUUUGGAAGACGUCUUGGGUGAAGAAGAUGACGAAGAGGAGUCGGAGGACAUUAUGAAUCAAGUAAGUUACAACCAGCUUAACCGUUGGCUACAACAACAUCGCUAACUGAGA